AUGAUCGGUCAUUGGCAGUUUGAAAAUGAAUCGAAAUUAGGACACGAUUCGACCGGUAUCACCAGCGAUGGUCGGCUCUCUCUGACUGGUCAUCCGCAACAAGAAACAUGCUUUCUCGGCUCAUGUCUUCUUCUCGAUGGUCGUUCGUCGAUUAAUAUUCCCGUUCAUGAUAUUCGACAAUAUCAAACAGAUACAUUUUGUGUAUCGCUGUGGCUCAUGGACACGCAUCCGGGAGGCAUCAGUUGGCGAACAGCUAUCGGUUCUUGGCAACAUCCAUUCAAUGCUUGGCUUCAUUUGGGUGUCAAUCUUCGUGGUGUACUCGAAAAUCAAGUAAUGAUAUCAAACGGUUCCGUACAUUUCUUUUGUGGGGCUCCGCAUCGUAUGAUGAAGAACACUUGGUAUCAUGUUGUAGCUCAAGUUUCUCGUAAUACGCAGCAAUUAUUUGUUGAUGGUCAACUUCAGUGUAAUGUUGAUAUGACUCGAAGAAGUGAUGGUGUCAUUGAUUUUCCGCAAUACUAUCGCUAUGAAGAACGAUGGCAAGAUCAACAGAUGCAAAUGCCUCUCACGUUGCAUAUUGGUGUCAAGACCACAAUGGAAAAUUUCUGGCAUGGGCGCAUUGCCGAUGUUGCAAUAUUCGAUCGAUGGCUCGACCCGAUCGAGAUUCAAAUCAUUUGGAAGCAGCGUGCCCCACUGACUAAAUUGAACACUAUGGGUCAAUACAUUUUGAGCAACCUUCAAAGUCUACAAUCGUUUGACAAUUAA